AUGUCGUUUUCACGAGCUGCUCUGAAACGAUUUAAUGAGAAUGUCGGCUGUGCUCCUCCACCUGGCACAUACGAGCUGAAGUCUGGAGAUGUAAAAGGAGCCGCAUCAUUUCACAAAGCAGACCGCUUCAAAGCAGCAAAAUUGGCACCAGCUUCAAAAGAUGUGUCAAUGUCUCCGGUGCGGAGAACCAUGUCUGUUGAUGGCUUGGCUGAUGGUUCAAGCACAAAGAAGGACACCAGCUGUUCACAAGAGUCAAAACAUCUAAAACUGCUGGAGAAAGAGAUCCGGUUGCUGGUUCAGCAGAGGGGAGAACAAGACCGCAAGCUUCAGGCUUUGGAAGAAGAGCUUAAGAAGUUGGAGGCUAAACUACUCACUGCUGUAAGAGAGAAAACAGGACUGGCAGCCAGCGUGGCAUCUCUGGAAAGACAGCUUGCAGAACUAAAGAAAACAAAUGAGUUUCUCAAGUCCAAGGUCUCUGCAGACACCACAAAGAAUAAAAUCAACUCACUUUCUAUGGAACUGAUUGAGGCCAGAAAUAAACUAGACGCUAAAGACAAGGAGCUGAGUUUCCUGCAGAUCAGUUCAGAGGGCAAAGUGAAAGUUUUGGAGACUGACCUUGAAGCCUCUAAAGCAACUCUCAGUGCACUCAGGGAGAGAAACAAAGAUCUUGAGGACCUUCAUGAAGAGACUAAAGUGCAAAAUGAGGAGUUUGAAAAAGAAAUGGAUAAGCUGCAUGCUGUUAUACGGGAGCUGAGAGAGGAGAUCAAAGCUCUGCAGAGUUACCUUGAUUCUGCUAAUGAAGAGAUUCAGGAAUUAAAGUGUAAGGUGCGGGACAAAUCUGCAAUGGAGCGUCGUGUCAGUGAUUCACAGGAAAAACUUGGUGAGGUGGAGCAAACGUUGGAGCAGCGAACAGUGGAUCUACACGCCUCUCAGAAUUCUUUAAAAGAGAAAGAGCAGGAGCUGCAGAGAUGCCAGCAGGAGUUGCAGGAGCACCACACCACCCUCGAGGAGCGGCAGAGGGAACUGGAGGAGUGCAAGCAUGAUGCAGAGACCUUUCGGACUGCUCUGAAAGAGCUGGAGGACAAGCUGGAGAAAAAUGAGCAGGAGCUCAAGGACUCCCAGAGCACAGUAAAGCAACAGGAGCAGGAACUAGCUCGAGUCAGGGAGGUGCUGAGAAGAACGGAAGAGGAGCUAGACCAGAGAGUGGCUCACAUGAACGAACGCUGUCUGAACAUGGAGGACGAAAGAGCCAGGACCCAAGAGGAAGGACUAAGAAGAGUACAGGAGCUGUUGGCUGAUGUUGCUUCAUUAGAAGAAAGCAAAAAGUUUGAGAAAGAAACACAUGACCAGCUGAAGCAGCAACACACUGCCGUUGUUGAACAGCUGGAGGGAGAGAAGGCUCGCAAUGACUCCCUGUCCACCACAAUGGCAUCUAUGCAUGAGGAGAUGGACAAAGAAAAGAAACAGUUGGAGGAUGAGCUGGAGGAGGUGCUAGAAGAGUUGGCUCUACUUGAAAAGCAGGACCAGCAGCGUCUGGAGUUUGUACAAAAGAUGACUGAAGAGAAGCUCAACCUGGAGAAAGAACUGAGCGGUGCUCGUGCAGAACUAGAAAGGACGCAAGCCGUAACGAAGACUGUGGAUGAGAGUCAGGAGGCUCUGAAGAAAUUACAGGAUGAGCACAGCGUCUCGCUGGGGAAGAUAGGCGACUUGUCCACCGAGCUAGAGACUGUAAAACAGACUUUGAGUGCUCAGAGAGAACAAAGUGAGGCUCAUGCACAUAAGCUGGAGGAGGAACUGAACAGAGUGGGUCAGCAGCUGCAGGAGGAACAACAGAAAAUCUCUCAACAUCAGCACGCUCAGGAGAAGGAGCGGGAGGAGUAUGCUAGGAUGUUGCUGGAGGUCCAGACCAAGCUGGCACGGAGUGAGCAGGAGGUACAGCAUGUCACUAAAAGCAUGAAGCAAGAGCAGGAAGAGAAACACCAGGCCUUGUCUCAGCUGGAGCAGAUACGACAGUGCAGAAGGGAGUCGACAGAGGCCAAAGAGCAGAAGGCAUGGCUCCUUCAGACGCAGAUGGAGACGCUACAGAAGGAACGUGACCAGCUUCACCAGCAGAUGGAGCAGGAGCGACUAAGUUUCAGCAAACAACUUGCAGAAGCACAAGAAAGCACAUCGAAUGAGGAGACUGAGCACUGGAAAAACCUGUAUGAAGAACUCUAUUCUAAAGUUAAACCAUUCCAGGAGCAGUUGGACGGCUUUGCAGCAGAGAGGCACGCACUGCUCUCUGAGAAGGGGGCCACACAGGCUCAGCUGAGUAAGCUGGCAGAUGCUUAUGCUAAUCUACUGGGCCAUCAGAACCAAAAGCAGAAGAUCAAGCACAUGAUCAAGCUUAAGGAGGAAAACCUGGAGCUCAAACAGGAAGUGGCUAAGCUCCAGGUUCAGGUGGCGAAGCAAAAGAAGGAGCUGGAGCACGUGAAAUCCAGCAGUGCUUCUCGCAGGUUUGAUCCCAGCAAAGCUUUUAAACAUGAGCAUAAAGAGAACCAGGAGCCGGUUCUGAAUAUCAGAUAGGAUGAUGGAAGAGGGUGUAGAAAUGGGUAAUACAGUUAAUUACAUUCUAAGCUGCUUAUUUAAUAGCGAAUUAUCAGUUUAUUAAUGUUGUGCUAAUAAAUAUAUACUGUCUUACAUGUACCGUCUGUUCGGAAAGUAUUGUGGUGCAGGAAACUGUGACAGUCCAGGCUUCUCAGCUGGGGAAUCAUUUAGAGGAUACAUUAAUGACUUUCAGUUUAUUUUAGCUCCUGAUUCUAGCUCCUUUUAGUUCCUGCUGAGUCACUGUGCUUUAUUUAUAUUGUCUUGUUCUUGUUUCUUUAUCUGUGCCACCAGUGCUAUACAAGUGAAUAUGUCCAACUUCUUUUUUUAGGUUUUAAGCAGUUAGUUGUUAAUGUCUGAAUAGCCAAGUUACUGUAAGAUUCUAAAAUGCACUAUAUGGCUAGAAGUAUGUGGACACCCCUCUUAAUUAUUGAGUUCAGGUGUUUCAGCAACAAUCCUUAAUAACUGGUGUAUACAAAUUAUGGACAGACAAUUUAUAUUGUGCUGGCAAAAGUUUGAGGAAGGCCCUUUCCUGCUUCAGUUUGACUAGUUAAUAAAGACAUGGUUUAAUGAGUAGUGUGAAGGAAAUUCGGUGGCUUGCAUAAAAACCCUGAUCUCAACGCUACUGAACACCCCAGGAAGAAAUUAGAACAUCAAUUGAGGGCCAAAUCUUUUCCUCCAGCAUUAAUGCCUAACCUCGUGCACAAAUUCCUACAGACACAUUUCAAAAUGUUGUGGAAAGCCUUCACUGAACAUGUGGAAAGGCUGUGGCUGUGAGCUUUGCAAAGUUUUCCCUCAUGGCUGUGUCCACAUAUUUUUGGCCAUGUAAUGUAUAUAUGUGGCCAUAUACUUUACCUGCUGUAUUAACUUGGGUUAUCCACAUGUGUGCAUUUCCAUCACACAAAAUUGAUCCAAUUUGUACUCAUUAAUUAACUUAAGACUUCAAAUUCCACCCUAAUCCAGUUAAGACAAUUUAAUAAAGAAAUCCAAUUACUCAACCUAGUACAGUAAAAAUUUAUUACCUGUUUUCUCUUUUUCCUGGCAGAGGAUCUUUUUUUUUAAUCCUUUUUGACUGUUUUAAAGAGAAUACUUGUUUUGCUAUGUAGAACACUUAUUCAAUAAAUAUGUAGAAUUUUC